AACUGACGAACAGAGGGCGCGUAAAUUCCAUAACAACUCAACGCUGCAUUUGCUUCUCUUCUUCUCGAAAACACCCACAAAGUAGACGUCUUCCUCUCUUUAGUGAUAUUUUUUUUCCCCAAUUCUCUACUUAUUCAAUAGGCAGUGUGUUGAACAUGAGAACUUUGGAGGAGGUUCGGGCGACACUUGAGAUCGCCAAGCUGAAAGAGGACGACCUGCAGAAAACGAUCCAAUGUUUAUCCCUGGGGGAGAACGUCUCAUCUCCCGAUUACUGUCUGAUGGAGUUGGACGACACACUGUGCAAACACCUAGAAGCGGGUAACAGCCUGGUGAUCAGAGGGGAUAAAGACGAGCACGCCGUGUUGUGCAGCGGUGACAAAACGUACGACUUGAAGAUCGCGGACACGUCCAACCUGCUGCUCUUUUUGCCCGGUUGCAAAACGCCUGAACAGCUCAGUAUCAGCCAGGAGAGCACGCAUCUUCUUCACGCUCAGGUCUGGGGCUUUUGCAACAGCUACUGGGAAGUGAGAAGACAGCGUCCGAAAAUGAAGAAGCUGCUGAGAGUUUUAAGGGAGAACCCAUAUGAAGGACCUGCCUUGGGAGGGCAGGAGGAGAACACAGAAAACACGUACACCAUGGAAGAUCUACUGGACACGAUUCAAGCUAGCGAAGAGGAGCUCAAGACCCACUUGACCGCCAUCCAUGCCUGUCAGAUAAAUGGCCGCUGGCGUGUACUCGACUCUGACUAUGAGAUGAAGUUGCUCGGUCACGUGACUCAACUGGUGGACUCCGAGUCGUGGUCAUGCAACAAGGUCCCACUGCAAAGCAGUCUGGAGGAGCUCGGCCCGCUCGAGCCCAGAGAGAUGAUUGAGCACUCUUUGAACUGCUACGGGACACGCUACGUUGAAAACGACGAAGUGUUUUACGCGCUGGACGAGGCGAAGGUUUGCCGGGCCACCGCGCUCAUGCUGCUGAAGAACGCCGUCAAGUUCAACCUGAGCGAGUUUCAGGAAGUCUGGCAGCAGAGCGUACCGGACGGCAUGAGCACCAGACUGGAGCAGCUCAAGAGCUUCGCCCUGGUGGAUCGCAGCUCCUGCCCAGAGACCAUCUGCCUUCUGCAGGUUGAAGAUCUUCCCGAGGACACGAUGGAGCGCUUCAACCAUCUCUUCACACUGCGAGAGAAAUGGACAGAAGAGGAUAUUACGCCAUACAUCGCGGACCUGUGCAGUGAGAAGCAGACCACAGGAGCACUGCUGACCAAAUACGCUCGCUCUUCACUGCAAAAUGGCGUCAAGGUGUUCAACUCAAGGCGGCCGAUCGUGACUUAAACUCAACUUAAAAUUCCUCCCAUCGCUUCUUUUCAGUCAAACCUCAUGACGUGCUUGUUAACGUUGUCCUUGUGCUGAUUCUGAAACUUGGAAUUGACCCUGCAGUUGGGGAUAUUCUGGCUUCUUCACUUUUAAUUGUAAAAGAAAAAAGAUGUUCAUCAUUAUACAUUAUUGUUAUCAGUAUUUGAGUGCCUUGUUCUUUUUUCACUUAGUGGCUGCUAUGUGGCAAGUUCUCCACAAGGUGGAGGCACACAAGGAAAAUCCAUCAAAGUGUUGACGGUGUACACCAGGGGUCACUCCCUUACUUCCAUCAAUUGGAAGUGAUUGUUUUCACAUGAUAACACUUAUCCAUCCAUUUUCUGAACCGCUUAUCCUCACCAGAGUCGCACGUUUCUAAUAGAAUAAAGUGAUCUGUUUCUUACUACGCUUAUUGUAUCCAUCCAUCCGUUUUCUUUGCUGUUCAUCCUCACAAGGGUCGUAGGAGUGCUGGUGCCAACCCAGCUGUCAACAGGCACGAGGGCACAUAGAGACAAACAGCCACAUUCACAAUCACACCUAGGGGCAAUUUAGAGUGUCCAAUUAAUGUUG